UCUCUUUCUAAGAGCACUCCCAAUCUCUCAGCCAUUCUUUCUCGAGCUGCCGCUAGAACACGAAAGGCUUUUCCUACGAAGCUCGGAGAAUGUUCAAGUGCAACGCCCUUGUCACCUUUAGCCGACUACCGUCCUUCCUCUAUUCCGUCUUUCCUAGGUCGCCUGGAAACCUUCAAACUUGCCACUUAUGCCAAUAAACCUGCAACACUAGAUGCGGUGGCGGCUUCAAAGUGUGGGUGGAUCAACGAUGGAAAGGAUCGGCUGGUAUGUGGGCUUUGCAAUGCGUCGUGGGUUGUUGCAGGGAAAGAAGGACUAUCUAGGGAGGCAGCGAAUGCCUUGGUCGAUAAACAACGUGCAUCACUCGUUCAGAACCACAAAAUUGGUUGCCCCUGGAGAACGAGACAAUGUGAUGAUUCAAUUUAUCGAAUACCGCUACAAUCACCCGCUUCCACUGUACAGAACAUCAAGAUAAACGCUGCUACUCUGGAUACGGUGCUCCAAGAUGUUGAGAUUAAGCAUCCCUUGACCGCAAGUCAAGUCAGCUCACUACAAUCUGCAAUUUCCUCUUUUGAUUCCUCCCCUGACAUGUCCUUGGAAAAAUCAGGCAACCAUUCGUCAUCUUCUGAAAUCUCACAAACAGCCAUCAUAACCUCUCUCUUUGGAUGGACUCUCGCUCCAGAACGUCCACGUUCCACUUCUACGUCGCGGUCGAACUCUAGAUUACCGUCCGCAUCACGAACGCCUUCACUUUCCCGCUCCACCUCUGUUGUGCCUGUCGGUAGUCCUGAUAGAUCAAGACCUUUGCUGCACACGGCUGUGUCCCAAGCAAUGGCCCGAGACACAUCCCUAGUGCAUUGUGUUCUUUGCCAGAGACGCGUAGGUUUAUGGGCCUUUGCUCCUCCAAAACAACCCCCAGCUACUUCUUUAGAGGCUUCAGAAGCAUCCUCACCGCAACAACCAAAGAGAAAUAACAGCAUAUUGAACAAACGCCAAUUUGACCUGCUGAAGGAACAUCGCUCAUACUGUCCGUAUGUGGUACGCUCUACAGUGGUCCCUACUUUACCAUCGUCUCCUUCUGUUGUAUCCGUUUCCACACCCCGUACAAGUAAUUUGCAUAUUCGUUCGAGCUCUUCCACCUCGCAACUUAAUGGGAUUUCUGGAGCUCGUAUGGGCUCCAAUGCCACGGAAGGCUGGCGCGCUAUCCUUUCCGUGGUCAUGCGAUAUCGGAUGGCACAAAGGCACCAAUUAUCGAGAAUUGAAGGUUUAAUGACAGGAGACGAUGCAGAGGGACAGAGGAGCUCACAAGAUAGCAUAGGAGUUGACGAUGGCGUCGAUAUGAUGGUGCAGGGCGUCAAAGCACGAGGGGGAAGCGAUUUAUUGAGAUAUGUGAAGGGUUUACUUGGAUAA